CAUACGCACUCUCCCCAAAGCAACAGGCGAGAAGUUAGAAGAGGCAGAAAGAGGGGGGAAAAAAGCGACCUGAACUUCAGCAAACUUGCGGAAAGAGGAGCUGCCACAAAGAUGCCAGACGUGCGGGCUUUGCAGACGGAUCCGUGCUUCACGCGCAGGGAGUGAGGUUUUUUUUUUUUUUUUUCCUCCCUUCCUUCCUCCAGGAGAAAACAGGAGGGCAGGACGCGCUGCUUUCUUUCUUUUCCUUCGCAUGAGACGUCAAAAAGUUGUCUGGGCGAACGAAGCCGAAGCCCCUGUAGCUUUGGGGGGCGUGUGAUCUCCGUGCGGGGCCGUGCGGGAUGCCAGGAUGCCCCCGCUGAUCCCCCAUCUGCUCCUCAUCUGGCUGAGCGUCCAGCGGCCGGCGUGGUGCGCGGAGCGCGCGUCCGCCCGCGAGCGCUUCAAGGUGGUCAUCGCGCCGCUCAUCUGCAAGCGGAUCUGCCUGAAGGGGCAGUGCCAGGAUACCUGCGAGCAAGGCAACAACACCACGCUGAUCGCGGAGAACGGCCAGCGCGCCGACACGCUGACCGGACAGGGCUUCAGGGUCGUCGUGUGUCCUCUGACAUGCAUGAACGGGGGCGUCUGCAGCUCCAGGAAGCACUGCCUGUGUCCGGCCGGCUUCACCGGGCGGCUCUGCCAGUUCCCGCUCCACCAGAUGCAGCAGGCCCAGGCGGCGCGGGGCAACAAGCAGCCGGUGUACCCCGAGCACCUGAAGCCAGACGGCCUCAAGCUGGUGGAGCAGACCGGAAUAACGCGCACGCAGAUGACGCAGACGCGCUCCAUCUUCACGCUCCCCCUGUCCACGAUGGGGCACCACUCGUCCGAUGCGCAGUUCGAGGUACGUGUCCACCACACUCCGGACACGUCUGUCGUCAUCCAGCCUCUGGACUCUUCAGACAUGAAACCGCCUCGCAAGAUAGGGCAGCGCCCCGUCCCGCCAAGUCACAAACCCAAAGGCCGCUGCUUCCAGGAGACCACGCCCAAACAAGCUUGCAACAGCACCCCGCUUCCCGUUCUGACCAAUCAGGAGGACUGCUGUGGCAGCGUGGGAAAUUCAUGGGGGCAGAACAAAUGUUAUCAGUGCCCCAAGCUACCAAAUGCUUCAGUCAAACAGACCAUUGUGGAGGAUUACGGCUCCACCUGUCCUCAAGGCUAUAAGAGAUUCAACAGCACCCACUGUCAAGACAUCAAUGAGUGCUCCCUGCAGGGAGUCUGUCAGAACGGAGACUGUCUAAACACUCUGGGGAGUUUCAGAUGUUCCUGCAAGUCCGGUUUUGUCCUGGAGAGGAACCGAUGUGUCGAGCCCCCGGCGGAGCUGGCUCAGUGCUUCCUGAUGGCCUCGGAGUCGCGGGGCUGCGAGCACCCGCUGCCCACGCACCUCACGCAGAAGAUGUGCUGCUGCACGGUGGGCAUCGCCUGGGGCCGCAACUGUGAGAGCUGCCCUCAGGAGGGCACAGUGGCUUUCAGUCAGAUCUGUCCAGCUGGGAAAGGCUACUUCCUCAAACACAUAAGAGAAACCGUGGCCUUCCCUCCCAUAUUUUUCCCAAGCAAACCGGACAAGGAGGAGCUGGAGCGGGUGGAGAGGCCUCCAGAGACGACGACACGUGUGCAGCAGACUCCCACCAGCACCCACAGCCCCCGUGUUCCCGUGAUUAAAUCCACCCCUCCUACAAUCAUCCGGAUGACGGCAGGCAACGACCCCUUAGAAACGCAAACCAAAGUCAUUCACACAGACGAAUGCAGACUAAACAUCUGUGGCCACGGCGAGUGUGAGAACAGCGUGAACGGCCACAUCUGCCACUGUCACCCCGGCUACCAUCUCAACCGGCAGAGGAACGUCUGUGAGGACGAUAACGAGUGUGCGUCCGAGCCGUGCGGCCACGGCAGAGGGCAGUGCGUCAACACAGACGGAGGCUACAAGUGCGAGUGUCGGUCCGGCUAUAAAGACACGGUGCAGCUCGGCAGGCGCGUGUCCAAGUGCAUCGACGUGAACGAGUGCUCCAAGCAAGACAUCUGCGGUGCGGGAGGCCAUUGUGUCAACUUACCCGGGUCUUAUAAAUGCGAAUGUCACAGCGGCUUCAGGAGCAAGUCCCACCGUCACCCUGCCUGUGAUGAUAUAAAUGAGUGUUUGAAUCCCAACACUUGUCCCAACGAGCAGUGUGAGAACACACCAGGGUCGUAUGAGUGUGUCCCUUGCCUGCCUGGUCAUGAGGCCCGAGCUGGCACCUGCUACGACAUUAAUGAGUGUCAGAAGCCUGGCAUCUGCCCGAACGGGCGCUGUGAGAACCUCCCCGGUACUUACCGCUGCUUGUGCAACGAGGGCUUCCUGCCAUCUGCGGACAGUAAAGGCUGCAGUGACAUAGAUGAGUGUGAGGACGUCCGGCUUUGUGCCUACGGCCGCUGCAUCAACACAGACGGCUCCUUCAAGUGCCACUGCUACCCAGGAUACCAGCGCACGCAGGAGGGCAGUCACUGUGAGGACAUCAAUGAGUGUGAAAGACCGUCGAACUGCGUGAAGGGCCGCUGUAUCAACAACAUGGGCUCGUACCACUGCGAGUGCCAGAAAGGGUUCACACUGGUCAGAGGCCGGGAAUGCCAAGACAUAGACGAAUGCGCCACAGACAGGAGUCUCUGCCAGCCCUUCGGCUCUUGUGAGAACAGAGCGGGCUCAUAUGUGUGCGUCUGCAAUCACGGUUACGUCCUCUCCGAGGACAAACACAGCUGUGAAGCAGUCCGAGUGCUGACGGACGAGAAGAAGGAGUGCUACCUCAACCUGGACGACACGGUGUUCUGCGACAGCGUCCUGGCCACCAACGUCACCAAGCAGGAGUGCUGCUGCUCCAUCGGGGUCGGCUGGGGAGACCACUGCGAGAUCUACCCCUGUCCUGUCUCCCACUCAGCUGAGUUCCACUUCCUCUGUCCAAACGGAGAAGGUCUUUACUACGAUGAAGGGAUCGCGUACAGUCUGCCCGCCUAUCUGGAUAUUGACGAGUGCUCUUUGUUUGCUGAUGAAAUCUGCAAGAAAGGCCGCUGUCAAAACACAUUUCCAGGCUACGAGUGCUACUGUCAACAAGGCUUCUACUACGACAGCAACCUCCUCGAGUGCAUCGAUGUAAACGAAUGCCACGAUGAGUCUCUGUGCACUAACGGUAGAUGCGUCAACACCGAGGGCUCCUUCUAUUGCAACUGUAACCGCCCCUGGACCCCAGACACCAAUAAGAAGAAGUGUGUGAUGGCAACGAUAUCAGAUGUGAAUGAAUGCGAGGACCCUGAGAACUGUAAGAACGGCCUGUGUGUGGACACUCCAGGUUCAUACUACUGCAUCUGCUCUCCGCCUUGGACCCUGGCUACUGACCGCAACAGCUGCGUGACCCCCGAGGAGCAGGCUGAUGUGAAUGAGUGCCAGGACCCCUCGUACUGUAAGAAUGGCAGGUGUGAGAACACGCCCGGCUCCUUUCACUGUUUUUGCGACCCUCCCCUCACCUUCAGUGCGGCGCUCAAACAGUGCGUCUAUGACGAUCGCACCGCGGCCCACAAGGACGUGUGCUUCCUGCAGGUUGACGAGGGUCUGAUUUGCAGCGAGCCCCGAAACGGCAUCGUGGUGACCUACUCAGAGUGCUGCUGUCACUACGGCCGCGGCUGGGGGCCCGAGUGCAACACCUGUCCGCCCCGCAACUCCGAGAUGUUCAGCCGCCUGUGUGAGAUGCAUCUCGAGACUGAGUCUGAUGGGGAGCAGGACUUUCUGGCAGCUUUCGCCAACUACAACCCCGGCGACAGCUCGGAGGAGGACUCGGAUGAAUGCAGCUGUGCAAACGGCCGCUGCGUUCGCUCCUACUUGGGAAUUAUGUGCGAAUGCAACGCAGGCUUCAGGCUAGACCACUCCCGCACCCGCUGCAUAGACAUCGACGAGUGCGGGGAACCCGGCGUCCGCGUCAGUCCCUGCAAGAACGCCCGCUGCGUGAACACCGCCGGCUCCUACAAGUGCUUCUGCAAACACGGCUUUGUGGCCACACGCAGGCCCAACGUGUGCGCCCGCCGCAGAACGCGGUAGCCUCGGGGCGCCGGCGCGGCACGCUCAAAACACGUGCACGUCUCUCUCUCUCUCGGCGUACAAACGUGGGACUGUGAGUACGCUGUUCACCCCAGAAAGAAAGAAAACUAAACAGAACGGGAGCCACGUCCUACCAAAGGCUCGCAUGAAACGUACAAAACAUAUCAUCAGCUCCUCUUUAACUCGCCGUGUCACACUUUAUAAGGUCAUCAGUACGGACUAAAAACACGUUUGUUUAUUUGCUAAACAUUUUUGUAAUUAUUGUUUUUUGUUUUUUUUUUUACUGUUUUUGUAGUUUAAUUUUAAUGUUGUUCAUCUUUGUCAUUUCAUGGAUCUUCUGUUGCUUUAAGCUAAAUUCAAAUGGCCAAUCUCAACCGUCCUCCUGUUUAAACGAGGAUGUGUGUCGGAGAUCUCUUCAGUGCUACUGUCCGUCCAACCGAAUCAAUAUCUGUACACCCACGAUCAAUUCUCCAAGAGACAGUAUUCACAUUUACAUUCCCACUUAAAUCCACGCAUUGGUUAUUUUAUUGUACAGUUUCGCUCCCCCACCCCUCCCCUGUUUGUUUGUUUGUUGAUGUAAGAUAUGAGAAACCUGAGGUCUUUGUAUAAUUUGACAUGUGCACCUAAGUGGACUUAAGCGAGACUUUAAAUAAUUAUGCACUUAGCAGUGAGCGUAGUGGGAAUAUUCGCUAAAUGUAGCUUACUCUGGGAAACCGAAACAUUUCCGUCUCUACUGUUGUAACUGCUGCAUCAAAGUAUCUAGAAAACCAAAGACGCUGUUGUGAUGAGAAGAAAUUAAUUAAAAAAAAAAAAUCAAAAUGUCUACAA